UGCCAGCUACUUCCGGAUGCGUGAUAGCACGUGAUCGUUAUAAAUUUACAUCCAUCGUUUCGCAGUUUUCUUGAGGCGCCAGCGCGUUGUGGAAAUCGUAGAGGUUAAACCGACGCAAAUAUGGCAGAGGCAGACCGACCAGGGAAGCUAUUCAUCGGAGGCCUGGACACUGAAACUGACGAAAAGGCUCUUGAGAAGUAUUUCAGCAAAUAUGGCAGAAUAGUGGAAGUUCUGUUGAUGAAAGAUCGGGAAACAAACAAAUCAAGAGGUUUUGCUUUUGUGACGUUUGAGAGUCCUGCAGAUGCAAAGGAUGCUGCACGUGAAAUGAAUGGGAAGUCGCUUGAUGGAAAGCCAAUCAAGGUUGAACAAGCUACGAAACCUACUUUUGGACGCGGCCCACCACCCAUGCAUCCACGUAGCCGUGGUCCCCCUCGAGGCCUUCGAGGAUCUAGAGGAGCACCAAGUGGAAUGAGGGGUCCACCAUCCAGAGACUACUAUGAUAACAUAGGAAUUGUAGAACCCUUUUUCAAAGGGAUUUCAUCCAGAGGCCCCCCACCACUGAAGAGAGGACCUCCGAUUCGUAAUGGAGGCCCCCCACCCAAGAGACACGCUCCUUCUCCUAUGGGUAGAACUCCCAUGUCCAGGGACAGGGACCCCUAUGGCCCACCCCCUCCCCGCAGAGAGUCGAUGUCCAGAAGGGAUGAUUACCCAUCACCAAGGGAUGACUAUUACAGCACAAAGGACAGCUAUUCUAGCCGGGACUAUACGAGUUCCAGGGAUACAAGGGACUACGCACCACCACCAAGGGAUUAUCCCCAAUCCAGUUCCCGUGAUGACUAUGGAUCAAUGUCCAGGGGCUACAGUGAGCGUGAUGGCUAUGGUGGAGGCCGGGAACCCAAAAGCUAUAUGGAGCGCCCUAGUGCAGCCGCCUAUCGAGAGCCCUACGGUGGUUACGGUAACUCACGCAGCGCCCCACCCUCAAGGGCCCCCCAACCAUCCUACAAUGGCAGUGGCGGAAGCAGUCGCUAUGACGACUAUGGCAGCAGUUCCCGGGAUGGCUAUGGCGGUCGUGAAAGUUACCCCAGCAGUCGAAGUGACCCAUACCCCCCUAGCCGUGGUGAGCGAAUGGGCAGGCAGGAGCGGGGGCCAGCGCCCCCUAUCGAGAGAGGCUACCCUCCUCGUGACGCGUACAGUGGCUCAAGUCGUGGAGCACCCCGUGGUGGCCGCGGAGGCACCAGAGUCGAUAGAGGCAUUGCCCGCAGCAGAUACUGAGAUGGACUUAAACAUGACAUCAAAGCGACCGCUACAUAAUGCGUGUUCAUUCACUACUUGUAUAAGUGGGUGGAAAGUUGGAGAGGGCAAAAAAACUAGGAUGUCAAAUUCCAUGGACAAGCAUAGGUUUUGAGAUGUUUAUCUUCAGGCUGUCAAUUUCUUUUUGUUUUAAGUGUUAAAAUACUUUUAUUUCCCCAGCCAAUGUAAUGAUAUCAUUGCCAAGUGAUGCGUGUUUAGUUUUUGUACAUUUAGUGCUGUUAAGUCCUGCUAUGCCCAUGGAUAUGGCUUUCGUAUACUAAUAAAGUUUUUAACCAAAGUUCUUUACGCAACACUAAUGGAUGUUCUGAAAGUGACAAACUAUUACAUAGAUGUGCGCUGGGCAAUCGGUGUACAUCAACAAGUAGAGAUCAUUUGAGAUGCAGAGCUUUCAACUGUGACGCUUGUAGAUGACACUUAGCAGUCCUGUACUUUGCAUUGUCCAACUGGGUUGUCGGAGGACAACGCAAAUGUCAAUCAGUGUAGUUUUCCCUCAGUGGAAAUGGAGUCAUCGCCAUAAAGCCAAACAAUGCUGGCUUGCAACGACCUUACCAAAGACCAACAACCAAACGCCAGAGUCUUUUCAACCCGACUGAUAGUGUCAACAGCUGGUAAGCAAAGCAAAACUUUUUGUUUCUCGUCUGUUAACUUAAUUUCUCAUUACCGUGAAUUGCAGUCUGCUCAAAAGGUAUAGUGUGCAAGAGACUGGAUGCCCCAGGGAAUGAAACGAAUCAAUGUAGUUCAAUUGAAGUAGCUUUUUUUUUGUGUAGUCUUAUCUACUAAAUUGAUUACAUACAUUUUAAGAAAUUGUAUUUUACUUGAUAAACAAUGAAUUAGCCACUAAACCUACGUUACGGGUCAACAUCUAACUUGUCAACAAUGCGCAGAAUCACAAAAGGAGAUCACCUUUGCUGGGCACUUGUUUUUUUUUUUUCAACUCAUCCCAAAAAAUGUUUGGCAAAUUUUUUUUUUUACUGAGGGGCAAUGUUCAUAAUAAGGAAUCUUUUUUUGUGUACAGUGGAUUUCAUUUUAUUUUUCUGUGCCAUAGUCAAAGAUCAAGCUUGUCUCAAGCAUGCCAAUUCUCAAAUGGAGACCACUCGGAAGAGCAGCCAUGUCCUAACAACCAAGCUGGAAAGUGAAUGGGAGCGAGAAUCAAAUCGGACCAUUGCGUUAUUUGAAGGGGAUACUGAAAGAUUGGGUUAUCAAUUUUAUGUAAUCCAAAAGAAAUGGCGGGAUGUUAAUUUAUAUUUUCUUGUUUCAGGAUGAGCAAUCUUUUGGAACUAUUGCUGAUUAAAGCCGUCCUGUUGGAUCCAAGUGGAUGUUGGACCACUGCAUAGAGAACCGAACGUGUACCAGUGCUGAUCAUGUGAUGGAACCAAGCGUGGUGGGCAGAUCCAUGGACAGAACUCUGGCUGAGUUAUAAGCCUUGAAGUCUUAAUGUGUAUUUUUGCCAAUAAAACUUUUUUAUUUACUUGGAA